UAAUCACAAGGGGGUGGCUGAGCACUCGGGCAUGUCAGUGGUCACAUGACUCUGGUCGUAUCAAGUAACCAUGAUCACAUCGGAGCCCGCAGGAGUUAUAAAUACACCAGCACCGAGCCCCGGCUGGAUGACAAUUGAGUAAUGACAAUAGAAAUAGCUCACGCUCCAUAAGACCAUCUUUCGCCUUCCUGGAGAGCUUUUCUGAAACCAAGGGCAUUGCAAUGGAGAGAUGGCCAGAGCCAGUUAGAGAACUUCAAAUCUUUCAGAAGAUGGAAAAAGAGCCUCAAGCGAGAGCUGGGUCCCCAGUGCUCCAGUACCAUGCUGCCUUGGUCACGGGAGAUCUGAGCCGUCUGCAGCAACUCAUGAACCGCUCCUUCCACGAUGCCAAUGUGGUGUUUGAGAUCAAGAAGGAUGAGAUGGAGUGGCAGGUGACAUCCCCAGCCACAUUUGGACUGUCAGGCCUCUGGACCCUAGAGUACAAGCGCGAGCUCACCACCCCGCUGUGCAUCGCGUCAGCCCGCGGCCACACCGCCUGCGUGCGCCACCUGCUCAGCCGCGGUGCAGACCCCGACGCCAGCCCGGGGGGCCAGGGAGCCCUGCACGAGGCCUGCGUGGGAGGCCACACGGCCUGCGCCCAGCUGCUGCUGCAGCACGGCGCGGACCCCGACCUGCUCAGCGCCGAGGGCUUGACGCCCCUGCACCUCUGCCGCACCACAGCCUCGCUCGGGUGCGCGCAAGCGCUGCUGGAGCACGGCGCCUCGGUGCACUGCGCGGGCGGCGCGGGCGGGGACACGCCGCUGCACGUGGCGGCGCAGCGCGGCCUGGACGAGCACGCGUGUCUCUACCUGGGUUGCGGCGCGCGCGUGGACACGAGGAACGGGCGCGGCGAGACGCCCCUGAGCGCGGCGUGUGGCGCGGCGCGGCGGCCCGACGAGCACGCGCGCCGCCUGCGCCUGUGCGCGCUCCUGCUGCGGCGCGGGGCGGCGGCGGACGCGCGCGACGAGGACGAGCGCAGCCCGCUGCACAAGGCCUGCGGCCACGCGUGCCCGGGGCUGGCGCGCCUCCUGCUGCGACACGGCGCUGACGCGGGCGCGCUCGACUACGGCGGGGCCUCGCCGCUGGCCCGCGCGCUGCAGACGGCCGCCUGCGCUCCUGAGCCCGGCCCGCAGCGCACGGUGCAGGAGCUGCUCAACCACGGCUCCCCAGCCGUGUGGCCCGACGCCUUCCCCAAGGUGCUGAAGACCUGUGCACCGGCCCCCAGGGUUAUUGAGACUCUUUUCAACGCCUACCCUCAGCUCCGUGUGUCAGAGUCCUGGAGGGAAGUGAUUCCUGAGGAAGUAUUUCAGAUGCACCAGGCCUUCUACCAGUCUCUCUUGGCCUUGGCCCACACCCCACGCUGUCUGCAGCAUCUUUGCCGCUGUGCCAUUCGGAAAUUAUUUGGCAAAAAGUGCUUUCACCUCGUGUCCCUGUUACCCUUGCCAAAGUCCCUGCAAAAUUACCUCCUUCUGGAACCAGAGGGUCUUUUGCACUGAAAACCAGAGUGUUGGGACUGAGGCUGUAGUUCGCACCGCUGCCCUCAGUGGAGGCUGCAUGUUGAGGAGAGCACCGCG